CUGCCGGACGGAGCAUGGACCCCCUGACCGCCGAAACGUGUACGCAGGAUGAGCGAAGAAGCGAGGUCUUCAGUGGUCGCCUCGGAGCUAGCGGCGGGGAAGCGAGAGCGCAGCAGCCGGACUGCGAGAGGGACGAGGCGUCCGCAGGGGCUUUCACAGACCGAGAGGAACCGCUGGAGGAAAAAAUGAAAGGUCUGGCGUUCAGGAAACAGACUUCGUACAGGAAAGCCAUAUCUCGCUCGGGCCUGCAGCACCUGGCCUCAGUCCAGAAGCCUCUCCCUGCUGUGACCAACGGACCAGCCAAGGAGCUGCGUGCCACCAUCGACUGGAGUGAGAAUGCAGUAAAUGGCGAGCACCUGUGGCUGGAGACCAACUGCUCAGGAGAGAUGUGUUACCUGGGCGAGGAGACAUGCUCAGUGAAGAUUGCAAAGUCGGCUCCACGGAGGAAAUGUGCAGCGUGUAAGAUCGUCGUUCACUUGGCAUGCAUCGAGCAGCUGGACAAGAUCAAUUUCCGCUGUAAGCCUACGUUUAGGGAAGGAAACUCUCGAAGCAUCCGAGAUAACGUGUUAAGACAUCACUGGGUGCAUCGACGACGGCAAGAGGGAAAAUGCCGUCAGUGUGGCAAGAGUUUCCAGCAGAAGUUCUUCCACAGUAAGGAGAUUAUCGCCAUCAGCUGCACAUGGUGCAAGCAGGCCUUCCACAACAAGGUGACGUGUUUCAUGCUGCAACAGAUCGAGGAACCUUGCUCUCUGGGCGCACACGCCGGGGUCAUUGUACCUCCCUCUUGGAUUAUUAAAGUCAGGAAGCCACAGAGCUCAUUCAAAAACUCCACUCGGAGGAAAAAACGGACCUCUUUCAAACGAAGAACCAGCAAAAAGGGCACCGAUGAGGCAAAAUGGCGGCCGUUUAUGCUGAAGCCUGUGCCUUCGCCACUAAUGAAGCCCGUGCUGGUGUUUGUUAACCCUAAGAGUGGGGGAAAUCAGGGGAACAAGUUGCUGCAGAUGUUCAUGUGGACUCUGAAUCCUCGCCAGGUGUUUGAUCUCUCCCAGGGAGGGCCUAGAGAAGCAUUGGAAUUGUACAGGAAAGUGCCAAAUCUUCGCAUCCUUGCCUGUGGAGGUGAUGGGACGGUGGGCUGGAUCCUAUCUGUGCUGGACGAACUACAAAUGAACCCACAGCCUCCCGUGGCUGUUCUUCCUCUUGGCACAGGAAAUGACCUCGCCAGGACACUCAACUGGGGAGGAGGUUACACGGACGAGCCGGUGUCUAAGAUCCUGUGUCAUGUCGAGGAUGGGACAGUUGUCCAACUUGACCGCUGGAAUCUGCAGGUGGAGCAUUCACCUGCACAGCCUGAGGAGGGCACACAGAAGCUCCCUCUGAACGUGUUCAAUAACUACUUCAGCCUUGGUUUUGAUGCUCAUGUCACUCUCGAGUUCCAUGAAUCUAGAGAGGCCAACCCUGAGAAAUUCAACAGCCGCUUCCGCAACAAGAUGUUCUAUGCAGGGGCUGCCUUUUCCGACUUCCUACAGAGGAGCUCCAGGGACCUGUCCAAGCACGUCAGAGUGGUGUGUGACGGUACGGAUCUCACAGCCAAGAUCCAGGAGCUGAAGUUCCAGUGCAUUGUCUUUUUAAACAUUCCCAGGUACUGUGCAGGGACCAUGCCCUGGGGUAACACAGGUGACCACAGAGACUUCGAACCUCAGCGGCACGAUGAUGGCUGUAUUGAGGUCAUCGGCUUUACCAUGGCCUCCCUGGCAGCGCUGCAGGUCGGAGGUCACGGCGAGCGACUACAUCAGUGCAGAGAAGUGAUUCUCACCACCUACAAAACGGUGCCCGUGCAGGUGGAUGGAGAGCCAUGUCGCCUGGCACCGUCUACACUCCGUAUCUCGCUCCGUAACCAAGCCAACAUGGUGCAGAAGAGCAAGAGACGCACAUCUGUUCCACUGCUCAAUGACCCUCACACGGUGCCUGAACGCCUACGGCUGCGUGUUAAUCGCAUCGGCCGGCACGAAUAUGAAAGCUUGCAGUUGGACAAGGAGCGACUGCGAGAAGUCUCGACCCCUGUUGGCAUCGUGGUGGUAAGAGGAGACUGUGACCUAGAAACAUGUCGACUCUACAUUCACAGACUGCAGGAGGAUCUGCAGCAGACGCCCUCUGCUGGUCAAAGAGUGCACUAUCAGGAUGAGAGCAGAGGUUUGUCCCAGCCUGCUUCUGCACACAGACUCUCCACUAACUGGAGUUUCUUAGACUCCACAUCAGCUGACCGCUUUUACCGCAUAGAUAAGGCUCAGGACCAUCUGCAUUUUGUGACAGAGAUUUGUCAGGAUGAGGUGUUCAUCCUGGACCAUGAGACAUCUGCACUGAGCCAGGCCAGAGUCCCUGAAAUGCCAGAUGUGGUGGUGGAGCCCAGCUCGGGGGUUUCAUUGACAACAGAAGAACAAGCUUUGCUGACUGCAGCGAGCUCAGGUGAUCUGUCCACGUUGUCUAGCUCAUGCAGUAGUGGUCUCAGCUUGUUGGUUAGGGACACAGGAGGUCACUCUGCUCUGCACCUCGCCUCUCAGAACGGCCACAUUGACGUUGUCAGCUUCAUCCUGCAACAUGUUUCAAAAUUGAUCCUGGAUUUAACGGACAAAGAGACUGGUGACACAGCACUUCACAAAGCCGCAUCUCAGAGACACCAUGAAGUGUGCAGACUGUUGCUGGAGGCCGGGGCUUCCCACAACAAAACUAACUUUGUGGGGAAAACUCCCAAAGACUGUGCUCAGGAAGUUGGAGACUCUGAUUUGGCCUCCUAUCUGGGGAGCAAGGAGUCCGAACAGUCAGCCACACGUGAGGAUUUAGAGACGGCUGUGUGAAGAAACACUAGGAAACUCGGUGCCUCACACAGACCCUGGCUUUCACAGCUCAUGAAAGUACCGGAGUCCACUUUCUCACAUGUAGAGAGAGAGAGAGAGAGAGAGAGACAGAAGGAAAAUGAGAAGGAGAGGUGAGAAGGUCACAGCAAUGACCUAAAGGAGCCUCAUAGAGACACGGAUGGGAGUCCUUUCUAGAGCAGAAACUCCUAAGAAGGGAGGAAAAAGGUUGUUGGUGCUUCCUGGGGAUCACUGUGGGUUUAGAAUGGUCUUGGGAAGAUUUGCAUUGGUAUUUAUUUAUUGCUUAUUUAUUGAUUUAUUUAUUGAAAGACUGAUUGUACUUACUUUAAGAGACAUCGUUUUCCUCCCGUUAAGCCUGUGUACUGCUAUAGUGGUAUGAGGUAUUAGAUUAAAGAUAGAUGCAAUGCAAAUUGCACAGUGCAGUUUCCAAAACCGUGGCCAUGGAAGCACUGUGAUAUACACAGAGAUAUACAGAGUAACAGCAGGCACACAAGACACUGCUGCCUAAGCCAGCCACCUCUCCUGUACACCAUGUUGUGUAUUUGUAGUUGUGUAUUUAAAUCCAUUACCACAAUUGUACUACCAACCCAGGCAGGCAAAAGGCCACAAGCUUCCUCGCAGGCAUGAGGAGUUUACCAUCACUUUUUUCCUCUUAGCCACCAGUUAUGCACCAGUGGCACUAAUUGUCAAUAUGCUUAAAUGAGUACAGUAAGUGCUUGUUUCCUGAAUCAGGAGUAUACCGCUCCACGAGCUGAGCAGAGUGAUUCCUACUGCCUGAACCUAACACACCUCCUAAUUAUUUCUAUUGUAACAUAAACAGCUGAUUGAAACUCGGAGUUGACAUUAUGUGCCUCUUAUUCUAGAAAUGUUUUUAUAUUCCUUUAUUUGGCUCAUGGGUGCCUCAUAUCCAAAAUUUUUCCAUAUCAGAGCAAGUGAGUUUUUCAGAAAGUCAUUCAGUGUGGAAAACAUUAUCUGCAUACAUACAGUACAUAGUGUUUAUCUAUAUUCUGACAUUUGUUCUGUUCUUUUCUUUUUUUUGUUGUUUUGCGUGCAGUGACAGUGAUUGUGACAGUGAAUUAUUUAUCUUAAGAAACAAAAGAUCAUAAUCUGAGCCAUAUUCAAUGCAAUAUGAAUGGAUGACACGUGCAUUAAUCUCUUUAUUUUUACAUUGCAGUAAUGUUAAUAAAUGAAUGGUUGUCUAAGGCACCUACAAGCUAAAUGAUGGACGAUUUCAUUUCUUUUUAGUCAUAGUAGAGGAAUUGUCUAGUUUUGUCAGUCCCACAACUUUUUUCAGUUCGUUUAUUUAGCACUCCAACUUUCUGUUUCAAAUUGUGUCAAAAUGGCAACAAAACAAGAGCAGCGAGGUUCAGUCGGUCAAGACAGCAGCAUGUGUGCAUCCUCUGAUCAGAAAAUAUGAAACAGUAGCUUUUGAUGUUCGUUUUGGUAAGCCUGCAAAAAUAAUAGUGGCCACAUCCUGUUGCAUUUAAAACAAUGCGAGUUAAAAAAAAAUAAAGCAUUUGCAUGAAAAUGGUCAUGAUGGAAAUGUGUUACACCUGCUGUGAGAGUGGUUUAUAUAUUACUGAUCUGCUGUGUUAUUUUGUAUUAUUUGUGAUUUUAUUGUGCAUGAGAUUUUGUUACCAGGAUAUUUCUGCUCAAUUAUGAGGUUAUAAAAUGGCCUUAUUUCUGUUACUUUUUUUUUUGUUAAACAUUACUUAUCAAAAGUACUUGCUUGAUUUUUUUUUUUAAUGUUUAAAUUAUGGGAAUACUUGAAUGAUGUAUAUUUUUUCAUUUCUAAUUGUGUAUUUUAGUGUCAUCACUCUAUAUUAGUGGAAUCUGAUGACUACUGGCCAUCCAUGUGUUAGAUAGGCCUCGUGUCUUUCUCCAAUAUUGGAAUGUUAGUCAUUAAAGAAUGAACAGAGUGGAAAGUACAUGUGAUGUUCAUUCGUUUCCAGGAAUAUUAUCAAAUAAAUAUAGUUUAUUGUUUAAUGACUGAGCUGAGUAAGAAAACAAAAUAAAUCAUGUUUAUCUCCC